GCCCCAGAGUUCUUCGCGCCAGGUGGCAGGCUUGACUCCGGAACCUCAGCGUAGGGACCCGAGAGCCCUCCGUCCGGAAGGCUAUGGGGGUGGCUACUGCGACGGCCCUGUUGGCCGCACUGGGCGGGGCACUGUGGCUGGCGGCCCGGCGGUUCUCUCAAGUUCUUUUUUUAUUAAAACAUAUUUAUCGUGAACAGGAGGAGCAGCUGGAAGGCUAUGUUCAUAAUUCUGCCAUUCUCUUUUUAUAUGUGAAGGAAGAGCCUAGACUGGACGUCUUGAUCAACAAUGCCGGUGUCUUCCAGUGCCCUUACGCCAAGACCGAGGACGGGUUUGAGAUGCAGUUCGGGGUGAACCACCUGGGCCACUUCCUGCUCACCAGCCUGCUCCUGGGGCUCCUCAAGAGUUCAGCUCCCAGCAGGAUUGUGGUUGUUUCUUCUAAACUUUACAAAUAUGGAGAAAUCAACUUUGAAGACUUGAACAGUGAGCAGAGCUACAAUAAAAGCUUCUGUUAUAGCCGGAGCAAACUGGCUAACAUUCUUUUUACCAGAGAAUUAGCUCGGCGCUUAGAAGGCACAAAUGUUACUGUCAACGUAUUGCAUCCCGGCGUCGUGCGGACUAAUCUGGGGAGGCACAUUCACAUUCCGCUGCUGGUGAAACCACUUUUCAAUUUGGUGUCAUGGGCUUUCUUCAAAACGCCGCUAGAAGGUGCCCAGACUUCCAUCUACUUAGCCUCUUCACCAGAGGUGGAAGGUGUGUCGGGAAGGUACUUUGGGGAUUGUAAGGAGGAAGAACUGUUGCCCAAAGCAAUGGAUGACUCUGUAGCAAGAAAACUCUGGGAUAUCAGUGAAGUGAUGGUUGGCAUAUUAAAAUAGGAACAAGGAGUGAAAGAGCUGUUUAUGAAAUAUAUCAGUUAUUAUCUGUUAUCAGGAAUGGUGUGGCUUGAGCUCUUGCUACUUGAGAAAAACAAUUUUGGUUUACAAUAGUACUGCUAAGAAAAUACAUGGGAAUAUUUUCAAGGUACUGAAAAGGUUAUUUUCGGGUAUCAAAUUGUGAGCAAACACGUUUUAAAUGUAUGAGUAUAAUGAAUGCAAUUAUAUUUUAAAAAUUAUAAUUGGACAAGCAGAUUUUACAACUGCUUAAGAAUUGGUUACUUAAAAUAGCUAACUUAAGAUGUAUUUCAAAUAUCUUUGUGCUUCAUGGCUAAAGAGUUAAAAGUGUUCACUACUCUGGCUUUUGUGUGGCAAUAAUAUGCCCGGUGUGUACACAUAAAUAAACUUACUGAUGCAGAUU